AUGGCCCAUCCUCCACAAGAUGCCUUUCAAAUCGGCUGGAUCUGUGCUCUUCCGAUCGAGGCUGCAGCAGCAGCCGAAAUGCUAGAUGAGCAUUUUGGUAUUCUCGAGGAGCAAGAUGCAGCGGACUCGAAUACCUACACGUUGGGACGAAUCGGCAAACAUUACGUCGUGAUCGCCUGCCUUCCUGGAGGCCAGUACGGAACCACCUCAGCGGCUACGGUCGCAACCAACAUGCUUCGCUCUUUCUCCAAGUCACUUCGAAUCGGACUGAUGGUCGGUAUUGGGGGUGGAAUCCCUUCCGCUGCUCAUGAUAUCCGCCUUGGCGAUAUCGUGAUUAGCUACCCCCAGGGCACUUGCGGCGGGGUAAUUCAAUAUGAUAUGGGCAAGAUUAUUGCAGAUGGCGAAUUUGAACGAACGGGCUCGUUAAACAGCCCGCCGAGGGCAAUAUUGACCGCGGUUGGCACGAUGAGAGCUGCCACGCUGAGGGAUGACCCCCGCUACCUGGAAUAUGUUCAAAGCGCAAUCGGAAGAACCACUCGGACUCGGAAGAAUUUUGGCCGGCCUACUGCACAGUCCGAUCGACUCUUUCAGGCGCAGCAUGAUCAUCCUGCCAGUGUAGGGAGCUGUGAUGGAUGUCUAGCUGAGUGGGAAGAGACCAGAGGUGAACGCGAGGACGAGGAUCCACAGCCCCAUUAUGGUAUCAUUGCUUCUGGGAAUAGGGUCAUCAAGCACGGACGGACAAGAGAGCAACUUCGUUUAGAGACUGGGGCUCUGUGCUUCGAGAUGGAGGCAGCUGGUUUGAUGUUGGACUUCCCCUGCGUUGUCAUCCGCGGUGUUUGUGAUUAUGCCGACUCGCACAAGAACAAGCAAUGGCAGGGAUAUGCUGCUCUAGCAGCCGCAGCAUAUACAAAAGAGCUGCUGUGCUACAUCCCUGUUGGCCGUGUUUCACAAGAGAGCUUGGUAGUAGAUAUAUGCAACGGGUUGAAGGCCGAAAUCAAAGGCACAAAUCGACGCCUGGAUCAAGCAUACAGUCAACAAGAAAAAUAUCAUCGUGAGAAGGUUGCAUUUACUUUAACAGAUCAGCAACACCGCUGCCACCAAAUAUUCAAGGUAUCAAGUUACGAGGAGCAAAAGAAUAUCAAUCCUAGAAAAGUGGAAGGGACCUGCCUGUGGGCUACACAGAGCCCUGAAUAUAUCCGUUGGUCAGAAAGCAACUGUAACGAUCUUCUCAUAGUGUCUGCUGACCCAGGCUGUGGAAAGUCUGUGCUCUCCCGAUCGAUAAUCGAAGGCUAUUUAGAAGGUUCUGCUCCAGGGGUAACCAUGUGUUACUUUUUUUUCAAGGACAACGACGAGCAGAAUCAUCUUGCUACAGCACUCUGCUCAGUACUCCAUCAGCUUUUUGGCCAGCGGCCUCAGCUCUUGCGUCAUGCCAUACCGUCAUGGGAAAAAAAUGGUGAAAAGCUGCGACAAGAGGUUGACGAACUAUGGCGAAUUUUUACAACCGCCGUAUUAUCAGAUGAAUCAUGCAAGACGAUUUGUCUACUCGAUGCGCUUGACGAGUGCCGUGAGAUUGAUCAGAAUCGACUUAUUGAGAAGCUACAGUCAUUUCAUCGUCUGCCACGUUCGCAGAGACAGGGUACCUGGUUGAAAUUCCUAGUCACUAGUCGCCCCUAUGAUGAUACCCAGAAUGGGUUCCAAAAAAUUACAGACUUUUUUCCACAUCUCCAUCUGAAAGGCGAGGAAGAAAACGCUCAAAUCCACCAAGAAAUUGAUCUUGUUGUAAAGAUGCGAGUGAAACAGCUCGCUGAAAGAGCGAAGUUAUCAAAGGCCACAGAGCAGCGACUCAGGCAGCAGCUUCUGCAAAUGGAGCACCGUACGUAUCUCUGGCUACAUUUAGCCAUUGACGAUAUUGAGUCUAUGUUCAAGUAUAGUAUUCGACCUACUGAGGAACAAAUACAGUUAAUACCCCAAUCAGUGGAUAAGGCAUACGAGAAGAUUCUUAGUCGAGUGCACCCGGGUCAAGUAGACACUGCGAGGAAGAUCUUACAAAUUAUCAUCGCAGCACGGCGCCCUUUAACGACAGCGGAAAUGGCCAUGGCGCUCGGUAUUGCCACUUCUCCACAAGCCCAAACUGCAGCCGAAGCUGGACUUGAAUCAUUUCAUAUCGACAAAAAGCUGCGUCGAUUAUGUGGUCUUUUUGUUUUCAUCAAGAACUCCAAGAUCUACUUGAUUCAUCAGACAGCAAGAGAAUUUCUUGUUAAAAGGAGUAGUUCUAACAGUUCCAACGGCUUAUACUCGUGGAACAUAACAGACACCGAGGAUCAAAUGGCUAUUAUCUGUUUACGAUACCUAUUGAUGGAAGAUCUGGAAUACAAUGAGGAUUCAAACUCUAACAUUCGGAGCUUCCUGGAGUAUUCAGCAGUACAUUGGCCGGACCACAAACGGAAGAUGAGUCUGACCCAAGACCAAGAAGCGACCGAUCAAGUUCAGCAAAUCUACGAUAUGAGUAGAAGGAUAUUUUCAUUGUGGUUCCCUAUCUUUUGGACAGCUCUCGAGAGUUAUAGGUCUCCACCUUCGAUGACUGCUUUACAUCUGGCGUCAUUUAACGGGCAUGAACGGGAGGUUGAGUUUCUACUGUCUCUCGAUGGGAAAGGUAUCAAUUCAACCGAUGGCACCGGAACCUACCCUAUCAUCUGGGCCUCACUGAAUGGUUAUGAGAAGGUCGUGGAGUUUCUGGUGGAGAAAGGAGCGCACGUCGACGCCCAAGGUGGAGAGUAUGGAAAUGCUCUCCAAGCUGCGUCUUUACAAGGGCACGAUAAGGUAGUGCAGCUCCUGCUGGAGGAGGGAGCUGAGGUCAACACCCAAGGUGGAGAGUAUGAAAAUGCUCUCCAAGCUGCGUCUUUACGAGGGCACGAUGAUGUAGUGCAGCUGCUGCUGGAGGAGGGAGCUGAGGUCAACACCCAAGGUGGAUACUAUGGAAAUGCUCUCCAAGCUGCGUCUUUGCAAGGACACGAUAGGAUUGUGCAGCUCCUGCUGGAGAAAGGAGCGCACGUCGACGCCCAAGGUGGAGAGUAUGGAAAUGCUCUCCAAGCUGCGUCUUUACAAGGGCACGAUAAGGUAGUGCAGCUCCUGCUGGAGGAGGGAGCUGAGGUCAACGCCCAAGGUGGAUACUAUGGAAAUGCUCUUCAAGCUGCGUCUUAUGGAGGGCACGAUGAGGUAGUGCAGCUCCUGCUGGAGGAGGGAGCUGAGGUCAACGCCCAAGGUGGAGAGUAUGGAAAUGCUCUCCAAGCUACGUCUUUGGAAGGACACGAUAAGAUUAUGCAGCUGCUGCUGGAGGAGGGAGCUGAGGUCAACGCCCAAGGUGGAGAGUAUGGAAAUGCUCUCCAAGCUGCGUCUUUGGAAGGACACGAUAGGAUUGUGCAGCUCCUGCUGGAGAAGGGAGCUGAGGUCAAUGCCCAAGGUGGAGAGUAUGAAAAUGCUCUCCAAGCUGCGUCUUUACGAGGGCACGAUGAUGUAGUGCAGCUGCUGCUGGAGGAGGGAGCUGAGGUCAACGCCCAAGGUGGAUACUAUGGAAAUGCUCUCCAAGCUGCGUCUUUGCAAGGACACGAUAGGAUUGUGCAGCUCCUGCUGGAGAAGGGAGCUGAGGUCAAUGCCCAAGGUGGAGAGUAUGAAAAUGCUCUCCAAGCUGCGUCUUUGGAAGGACACGAUAAGAUUAUGCAGCUGCUGCUGGAGGAGGGAGCUGAGGUCAACGCCCAAGGUGGAGAGUAUGGAAAUGCUCUCCAAGCUGCGUCUUUGGAAGGACACGAUAGGAUUGUGCAGCUCCUGCUGGAGAAGGGAGCUGAGGUCAAUGCCCAAGGUGGAGAGUAUGAAAAUGCUCUCCAAGCUGCGUCUUUACGAGGGCACGAUGAUGUAGUGCAGCUGCUGCUGGAGGAGGGAGCUGAGGUCAACGCCCAAGGUGGAUACUAUGGAAAUGCUCUCCAAGCUGCGUCUUUACGAGGGCACGAUGAUGUAGUGCAGCUGCUGCUGGAGGAGGGAGCUGAGGUCAACGCCCAAGGUGGAUACUAUGGAAAUGCUCUUCAAGCUGCGUCUUAUGGAGGGCACGAUGAGGUAGUGCAGCUGCUGCUGGAGGAGGGAGCUGAGGUCAACGCCCAAGGUGGAUACUAUGGAAAUGCUCUUCAAGCUGCGUCUUAUGGAGGGCACGAUAAGGUAGUGCAGCUGCUGCUGGAGGAGGGAGCUGAGGUCAACACCCAAGGUGGAUACUAUGGAAAUGCUCUUCAAGCUGCGUCUUAUGGAGGGCACGAUGAGGUAGUGCAGCUGCUGCUGGAGGAGGGAGCUGAGGUCAACGCCCAAGGUGGAGAGUAUGGAAAUGCUCUCCAAGCUGCUUCUUUGGCAGGAUACGAUAAGAUAGUGCAGCUCCUGCUGGAGGAGGGAGCUGAGGUCAACGCCCAAGGUGGAGAAGAUGGAAACAAUGUCCAAGCCGUGUCUUUGGUAGAAUAA